AUGCAUCGUAUUAUUUUUCUGUAUUUCAUCAUUCUGAUGAUGGUUUCCACGAUAUAUGGACUGAAUUGUAUUGUAUGUUCAACUAUUACUAAUAUCGAUUGUUAUGAUCCUUACAAGGGAGAUUUAUCAAAAACAAAUCCUGUAUCGCAAUCAGGUUUUACAUCUUGUCAAAAAACAAUGUAUUGGUCAAAUGUGGGUUUCUUUCCGUCGGGUACUGUUGUUCGAGAAGGUUCCAACGCCCCAUGUAUUUCAUCUUCGAGUACAGGUGCGGUGGCAACACUUUAUUGCUGCUCGGAUAAAGAUAAUUGUAACAGUGCCAUGAACUAUUCUGUAUCAUUAUUCAUAACCAUCUCAUCGACACUGAGUUGUCUGAUUAUUAAACAGAUUCUUCAAUAUUAA